AUGCGAGUCGACCCCUCCCUGCCCAUCCCCUCCCUGCAGUCCUCGCUCCAGGACCCAGGACUGCCCCGGGGCCGUGCAGCCCAGAUCCGUGGAAACCCGGUGGAGACCACAGCCCCCGGCAGCCUGAGGAAGGAGCUGCCCAUGAUGGGAGGUGCCUUCAUGGACUCGCCCAACGAGGACUUCAGCACGGAGUACUCCCUCUUUAACUCCUCCACCAACGUCCAUGCGGCCUCCAACGGCCAGGGCCAGCCGGAGGAGCCUCCGCGGUCCUCCAACGACGCAGUCUUGCUCUGGAUUGCCAUCAUAGCGACACUGGGGAACAUUGUGGUGGUUGGGGUGGUGUACGCCUUCACCUUCUAA